AUGAUAAGAUCUGGUGAUCCUCGUAUCCGCCAGCGGAUCAACCAGCUCUCCCAUAACCUCGAAUCUGCAAACGAGUCCGCCCAGGAACGCCUGUACACACUCUCUCAAAAUUACAUCUCUCCUUGCCUGGCUGCAGCAGGAAAUUGUGUCUCUGUUUGUGUUGCGCCUUGUAUUCCCAGCCGAGAAGAUCAAUUGCGUCGCCGGCGACGCGGGCGUGCGGAAGCCAACUUUGAUUUCUACGAUGAUUGGGAUAAUGAAGAGGAGGAUGAUUCGAUUUUAGGAUGGGGUACUGGUGAGCUGGAUCGUCUACUCGCAGGUAGCGGACUGGGUCGAGUGAGUGCAGAGCAGCCGCAUCGACCAAGGAAAAUGAGCUAUGGGACACGCAACAUACGGCGAAGAAGCACAGUACAUAUUCCAGACAGCCAUUCCGAUCCAACAGUCAUCCCCACCUCAUCAUUUAUUGGGUUCCUACAGGGGUUUUCAUGGAGACUUGGUGCUAAGGGAGUCAAGUAUCGACCUUCCGCGGCGGAUUUACAAGAACACCCCGGCAGGUCCAGACGGUUUGCCCAUGAGGAUGAGCCGUUGAUGGAGACAAUAGACGACAAUGACGGCGCGCUCUACCAUGAAAAUGGAAGAAACCGAAGUGCAACCCAGUCGUCACGAGAAACAAAUAACUCGCUGAGCUCCCGCGGUGAUCUAUUCCCAAGUGAUGAAGAGGAAGAUGCAGUUCCGCUGGACGAUGAAUUUGCACUUACCUUUAGCCGCCGGGGGACUGGCUUGGAAUUUGACGAACAGUCUGGCCCCAAGGCGGACAUGGUCAGGUCUAGUUCAGGCACAUUCAGUUUGGGAGCCACAUCGUCUAAGAAGCUAGCGCGAAAGAUGAAGAAGAAGCGUUUAUCAAGAAUGUCUGCAGUUAGUACAGAUCAGGAUUUCGCGCAGAGUGUCGAUUCGCCGUCAAUUGCAGACUUGAAAUCGGAAGAAGAUCGGGCGGCACUGGAAGAAGAGUCGAAGAUUGAAAGGAAAAGACUUGCCGCUCAAGAACUUGCAAUGAAACGAGGUCUUGAUCUAGCCGAUGCGGACAUGGUGCGAUGGUCAAUUAUUCUUGUGGCUUUUGAUGGUUUACUGACAUGGCAGAUGUUUAGUCCGCUUCAUCCUCCAAUCCCACUCAAUCCUCCAAUAAAGACAACAUUUUUAAUCCAAUAUUGGUCGAGUCUCCUAAGCAAACCGAACCCUUUCCACCUUUCCCAUCAGCGGCAUCUCCGGGAACAUCACCAAGACCCAGCUCCUUGA